UAAUAGCUGGUUUUCGAGGAACAGUCCCACAUGGCCUAUCACUGGAGAUUGGAGACACCGUUCAAAUACUAGAGAAAUGUGAUGGAUGGUAUAGAGGAUUUGCCUUAAAAAACCCCAAUGCUAAGGGCAUAUUUCCAUCCAACUACAUUCACUUGAAAAAUGCAUGUGUUAAGAACAAAGGACAAUUUGAAAUGGUUAUUCCAACAGAAGAUUCUGUUAUUACAGAAAUGACAUCAACUUUAAGAGAUUGGGGAGCAAUGUGGAAACAACUCUAUGUGAGGAAUGAGGGGGAUCUCUUUCACCGACUGUGGCACAUAAUGAAUGAAAUCCUAGACCUGCGAAGGCAGGUCCUCGUUGGCCACCUCACCCACGAUCGAAUGAAGGAUGUCAAGCGACACAUCACUGCUCGUCUGGAUUGGGGCAAUGAGCAAUUAGGGCUUGACUUAGUUCCGAGAAAAGAAUAUGCUAUGGUGGAUCCUGAAGAGAUCAGCAUUACAGAGCUCUACAGGCUGAUGGAGCAUCGUCAUCGAAAAAAAGACACACCAGUACCAGCAAGCAGCCACCAUCUUUUUGUUCAGAUGAAGAGUCUGAUGUGCUCCAAUUUGGGAGAGGAACUGGAAGUAAUCUUCUCGCUCUUUGAUAGUAAAGAAAAUAGGCCCAUCAGCGAAAGAUUUUUUUUAAGACUGAAUAGAAAUGGUUUGCCAAAAUGUCCAGAAAAGCCUGAAAGACACUGUUCUCUCUUUGUGGAUUUGGGUAGCAGUGAACUCAGGAAGGACAUCUAUAUCACUGUGCACAUUAUCCGAAUAGGACGAAUGGGAGCUGGAGAGAAGAAAAAUGCCUGCAACGUACAAUACAGACGGCCCUUUGGCUGUGCAGUCCUCAGUAUUGCAGACUUGCUGGCAGGAGAUUCAAAGGAUGACCUUGUCUUAAAAGUAUACAUGUGCAACACAGAGAGUGACUGGUAUCAGAUCCAUGAAAAUAUCAUUAAAAAGCUGAAUGCACGUUACAACUUGACAGGCUCCAAUGCAGGUCUGGCAGUUUCUCUUCAGUUGCUACAUGGAGACAUAGAACAAAUUAGAAGAGAGUAUACAUCCAUGUUUACCCAUGGAGUAUCCAUAACAAGGAAGCUAGGUUUUUCCAAUAUUAUAAUGCCUGGUGAAAUGAGGAAUGAUUUAUAUAUCACUGUAGAAAGAGGAGAAUUUGAGAAAGGAGGGAAAAGCGUGGCCAGAAAUGUGGAAGUAACAAUGCAUGUUGUGGACAGCAGUGGCCAAAUUUUAAAGGAUUUUAUCUCAUUUGGCUCUGGGGAGCCCCCAGCCAGCGAGUACCAUUCCUUUGUGCUUUACCAUAACAAUGGUCCCAGAUGGGCUGAGCUGCUGAAGCUUCCUAUUCCUGUGGAUAAAUUCAGAGGAGCACACAUCCGCUGUGAAUUCCGGCACUGUUCCACAAAAGAAAAGGGCGAGAAGAAGUUGUUUGGCUUUUCUUUCGUGCCCCUAAUGCAGGAAAACGGGAGGACUUUGCCAGAUGGCACCCAUGAACUCAUUGUACACAAGUGUGAAGAAAACACAAACCUUCAGGAUUCUGGUCGCUACCUCAAACUCCCCUUUUCAAAGGGAAUUUUCCUAGGAAACAACAGCCAAGCAGUAAAAACCACUAAAGAGUCCUUCUGGAUUACGUCCUUUCUCUGCUCCACUAAACUCACACAAAAUGGAGAUAUGCUUGACCUUCUGAAAUGGAGAACCCACCCAGACAAAAUUGCAGGUUGCCUCUCAAAAUUAAAAGAAAUUGAUGGUUCAGAAAUAGUGAAGUUUCUUCAAGAUACACUAGACACUUUAUUUGGGAUUUUAGAUGAAAACGCUCAAAAAUAUGGAUCAAAAGUAUUCGAUUGUUUGGUUCACAUAAUAAAUUUGCUGCAGGACAGCAAGUUUCACCACUUUAAGCCAGUAAUGGACACUUAUAUCGAAAGUCACUUUGCAGGAGCACUUGCAUACAGAGAUCUUAUAAAAGUACUAAAGUGGCAUAUUGAUCGUGUCACUGAAGUGGAGCUGCACGAGCACAUACAGGAAGUACUAAAGGCACAGGAAUAUAUCUUUAAGUAUAUAGUUCAGUCUCGAAGGUUAUUCUCUAUUGCCACUGGUGGACAAAAUGAGGAGGAAUUUCGCUGCUGUAUUCAAGAGCUUCUUAUGUCUGUACGCUUCUUCCUUUCCCAAGAGAGCAAAGGAGCUAGUGCUUUAUCCCAACUACAA